UAUGCAAUCCUGUUUCUAUUGGCUGACAGGCAGAGGAGGGCAGUACUGGAGGCGGGUUAAUGUCUAUAAAUAAAGUAGCCGAGGGUUACGUUCCGUACUUCGACGUCGGAGAUUGCGGUGCACCGUGGCUUGUUCGAGGAUUCUCUGCCGAGUCAGGGUCCCAGACUGACUAAGGAGCGGAAGCCCCUGGGAAGCGAAUGAAGAAACACCUUAUCCUACUCUUCACGUACAGAGGACUUGUGAGAAAAGGGAAAAAGAACAAGAGACGAAAAUGGCCAAUUAUGUCAUACGGUCAGCUGUGCCCGGAGACUGUAAAGACAUAUUGCGACUCAUAAAGGAAUUGGCCAAAUACGAAGAAAUGGAAAACCAAGUAGUACUAACUGAGAAAGAUCUUUUAGAAGACGGCUUUGGAGAACAUCCUUUCUACCACUGUCUUGUCGCUGAAGUGCCGAAAGAAAAUAAGACUGUAGAUGGAUAUACAAUCGUUGGAUUUGCUAUGUACUACUUCACUUAUGACCCAUGGAUAGGGAAGCUUCUCUAUCUUGAAGACUUCUAUGUGAUGAAUGAGUUAAGAGGGUCAGGAAUUGGGUCAGAAAUAUUCAAGCACCUAAGUCAGAUUGCUGUGAAGUGUCGCUGUAGCAGUAUGCACUUCCUGGUAGCAGAGUGGAAUGAGCCAUCUAUUCGGUUCUACAAGAGACGUGGUGCAUCCGAUCUUUCCACUGAAGAAGGCUGGCGCCUCUUUAAGAUCGACAAAGAGUACUUGUCCAAGAUGGCAUCUGAGGAAUGAAUCUCAGUAUAUCCGUUGUUAAAAUAAAAAUGCUUUUCUUUUGCUUGCUUGUUAUGUAGUGUUUACAUGGUCACUAAUUCAGAAGCUUUAGUACCAGUGGCAUUGUGACAUGAUAUUCACUUACCAGCUUUUCAUCAGUUUCCUUUGACAGAGUGUUCGUGAAGCCCUCCAAACAGAAGAUCCUCAGUUGUGUGUGUAUAUAUAACUUCAUUCUUGUAAGUCGUGUGAUUGUGUACAAUGUACACACUGGUAUUUAAGGUUUUUGUAUACUUAACCUGUUUUUACAAAUUAAAGAGCGGCUUUUGUUCUA